CAAACUGAAAUAUUUCUCGUUUCAUAAAUCAUAACGUCAGUGAUGAAGUCAUUAUAAUACUUGCCUAUUACUGUUCUGGCCCGAAAAAGUAGAGAGGAGAGUCAGUCCCCGGUCAUCGACAUAACCUUAGAUCAAUGACAUCUCACGAAAAAUUAGCUAAAAUGAUGCAAUUUGGAAUAAACCUAAUGCCACCAAAACGCACUUGAAAGUGUUUUUAAAUUUUUUAACCUUAGAUCGUUUGUAAACAAUAAAUAGUUUGCUUCCACAUAAUGGAUAAUUCGUUGGAAAUUAAAUUGGAUUUCAAGACAGUGAAAGCAGAUUUAUUGAGAGGAAUAUACGAAUGUUCCCAAAGGGGGUUGAACCAUUCAGUAAAGUGGUUAUCUGAAAUAAACUAUGCUUUGAAACAUGUUAACUUGUCUCCCGAGGAGAAACCAAAAUGCCAGGAUGAUACAGAGGAAGAAAUAGAGGCAUUUUUACUAGCUAAAUCAUAUUUUGAUCUGAAAGAAUAUGAUAGGUGUGCUCACUUUAUAAAGGAAUGCACUAAAGCGAAACCAAGAUUUCUCUAUUUUUACUCUAGAUAUUUGUCUAUAGAAAAAAAAAAAUUGGACAACAUGACUGAUACCAAUUGUCCCCCGGAUCCGACCAAAAAUGAAGCAUUAGUUCAACUGUGUACAGAAUUAAAAAUUGACUAUUAUGAUAACAAACUUGACGGCUACUGUUUGUAUUUGUAUGGGGUGAUAUUAAAGAAAUUAGAUUUAAUCCAGACUGCAAUAGAAGUAUUCAUAAAGGCAGUAAAUGCUGAACCAAUAUUGUGGAGCACUUGGUUCGAGUUGGGCAAAAUUAUACCUGACAAAGGUACCAUAUUUUCAGUCCAGCUGCCAGAUCACUGGAUGAAAUAUUUUUUCAUAGCGCACACCUAUUUAGAACAGCUAUGUAAUGAAGAAUCUCUCCAAAUGUAUAACACUUUUUAUUCUAUGGGUUUACAAAAUAGCACUUAUAUUUUAGCUCAAAUUGCUUUAGGACAUCAUAACCGUAGAAACUUGAAUGAAGCCAUCGAAAUGUUUAGAAAAAUAUUGGAAUUGGACCCCUUCCGACUGGAUAACUUGGAUACGUAUUCUAAUCUGCUAUAUGUGCAGGAGAUGAAGAAGGAUCUUGCCGAUUUAGCUCACAAAGUUGUAAAUAUUGACAAAUAUCGUGUGGAGACUUGUUGUGUUAUAGGAAAUUACUACAGUUUAAGAUCGGAUCAUGCCAAAGCUGUAUUAUAUUUUCGGCGAGCCCUAAAAUUGAAUCCACAGUUCUUGUCAGCAUGGACUUUAAUGGGUCACGAAUUUAUGGAAAUGAAAAAUAGUAAUGCUGCAAUUCAAAGUUAUAGACAUGCAAUUGAGAUUAAUGCUAGAGACUACAGAGCUUGGUAUGGACUUGGGCAAACGUAUGAAAUUUUGAAAAUGCCCAAUUACUGUUUGCACUAUUACAAAGAGGCCCAACAGUUGAAACCAAAUGACAGUCGAAUGGUCAUAGCUUUAGGUGAAACAUAUGAAAAACUAGAGAAGAGUGAAAAUGCCUUGAAGUGUUAUUACAAAGCAUGUAAUUUGGGUGACGUUGAGGGAACUGCUUUGCUUAAAUUAGCCAAGUUAUAUGAUAAAUUGAAUGAAACUGAGAAUGCAGCGGCCGCCUUUACUGAAUACUGUUUGAGAGAAGAGGACAGGGAGGUGAGGUGUGUCGAAGAACAAGCAGAAUUCUACAAUGCGCUUCAUUAUCUAUCAAAUUACCAUCUCAAGAAGGGAGAACUUGAUGAUGCUUAUACAUAUGCUUACAAGUGCAUGGAAUGUGAAGAGACUAAAGAACAAGGAAAAGCUUUACUCAAAACCAUUGCUGCAAGGAGGGCGGAGCAAGAAUCUGUGCCAAUAAGGUUAAGUGAAGCUGGCACGAGCAACAUGGAUAUGGUUUUUUCGCCAAAUGUUUUGUGAUAUUCAUAAAUAAAAAUAUUUAAAAUUG